UUCUACUGAAGAAUGACAGAUGGAAAUCAGUCGUUGGUGACAGAAUUUAUCUUGGAAGGUUUAACUAACCGUCCAGAACUCCAAAUUCUGCUGUUCUUCCUGGUCCUAGGCAUCUAUGUGGUUACUGUGGUGGCCAAAGUGGCUUUGAUUACACUUAUUUCUCUGAAUUCACACCUUCACAUACCCAUGUAUUAUUUCCUCUUUAAUCUAUCUUUUUUAGAUAUUUGUUACUCUUCUGUCUUUACUCCCAAAAUGUUAAUAAACUUUGUAGUGGAGAAAAAUACCAUCUCCUACACAGGUCACUUGACUCAGCUCUAUUUCUUCUGUUUCUUUAUCAUUGCUGAAUGCUAUAUAUUGACUGCUAUGGCCUACAAUUGCUAUGUUGCUAUUUGCAAGCCACUGAUAUAUAAUGUUAUAUUAUCCCCUUGGAUCUGUGCUAUGUUUGUGUUUGGGGCAUAUGUGAUGGGAUGCUGGGCUUCCCUGGCCCAUACUCUUUGUAUGGCAAGACUGACCUUCUGUGAUGGCAAUAUUAUCAAUCAUUAUCUAUGUGACAUAUUGCCUGUGCUCCAGCUUUCCUGCACCAGCACUUACAACAAUGAAGUUGUGGUCUUUGUUCUAGCUGGCUUGAACAUUGUGGUGUCUACCAGCACCACUUUCAUUUCCUAUGGCUUCAUCAUCUCCAAUGUCCUCUGCCUCAGUUCUACACAGGGCAGAGCUAAAGCCUUCAAUACCUGCAGUUCCCACAUAAUGACUAUAAUGACUGUUUCACUCUUCUUUGGAGCUGCAGCAUUUAUGUACAUGCAACUUUCUGAUGCAGAGUCUAUGGACAAGGGAAAAGUGGCCUCAGUGUUUUCUACAAAUGUUGGGCCCGUGCUGAAUCCUUUGAUCUAUAGCCUGAGGAACAAGGAUGUUAAGCUUGCUCUGAAAAAACUCUGA